CUGUGGGGCCUCCUCUAAGUCUUGAGCUCUCAGUUCCUGAGAGAAGAACCCUGAGGAACAGAUGUUCCCUGGCGGCCCUGGAACCUCCAACCCCAGACAUGCUGCUGCUGCUGCUGCCCCUGCUCUGGGGGAGGGAGAGGGCGGAAGGACAGACGAGUAACCUGCUGACGAUGCAGAGUUCCGUGAUGGUGCAGGAAGGCCUGUGUGUCCAUGUGCCCUGCUCCUUCUCCUACCCCUCGCGUGGCUGGAUUUACCCUGGCCCAGUAGUUCAUGGCUACUGGUUCCGGGAAGGGGCCAAUACAGACCAGGAUGCUCCAGUGGCCACAAACAACCCAGCUCGGGCAGUGCGGGAGGAGACUCGGGACCGAUUCCACCUCCUUGGGGACCCACAUACCAAGAAUUGCACCCUGAGCAUCAGAGAUGCCAGAAGAAGUGAUGCGGGGAGAUACUUCUUUCGUGUGGAGACAGGAAAUAUAAAAUGGAAUUAUAAACAUCACCGGCUCUCUGUGAAUGUGACAGCCUUGACCCACAGGCCCAACAUCCUCAUCCCAGGCACCCUGGAGUCCGGCUGCCCGCAGAAUCUGACCUGCUCUGUGCCCUGGGCCUGUGAGCAGGGGACGCCCCCUAUGAUCUCCUGGAUAGGGACCUCCGUGUCCCCCCUGGACCCCUCCACCACCCACUCCUCGGUGCUCACCCUCAUCCCACAGCCCCAGGACCAUGGCACCAGCCUCACCUGUCAGGUGACCUUCCCUGGGGCCAGCGUGACCACGAACAAGACCGUGCAUCUCAACGUGUCCUACCCCCCUCAGAACUUGACCAUGACUGUCUUCCAAGGAGACGGCACAGUAUCCACAGUCCUGGGAAAUGGCUCAUCUCUUUCACUCCCAGAGGGCCAGUCUCUGCGCCUGGUCUGUGCAGUUGAUGCAGUUGACAGCAAUCCCCCUGCCAGGCUGAGCCUGAGCUGGAGAGGCCUGACCCUGUGCCCCUCACAGCCCUCAAACCCGGGAGUGCUGGAGCUGCCUUGGGUGCACCUGAGGGAUGAAGAUGAAUUCACCUGCAGAGCUCAGAACCCUCUGGGCUCUCAGCAGGUCUCCCUGAACGUCUCCCUGCAGAGCAAAGCCACAUCAGGAGUGACUCAGGGGGCGGUCGGGGGAGCUGGAGCCACAGCCCUGGUCUUCCUGUCCUUCUGCGUCAUCUUCGUCGUAGUGAGGUCCUGCAGGAAGAAAUCGGCAAGGCCAGCAGCGGGCGUGGGAGAUACGGGCAUAGAGGAUGCAAACGCUGUCAGGGGUUCAGCCUCUCAGGGGCCCCUGACUGAACCUUGCGCAGAAGACAGUCCCCCAGACCAGCCUCCCCCAGCUUCUGCCCGCUCCUCAGUGGGGGAAGGAGAGCUCCAGUAUGCAUCCCUCAGCUUCCAGAUGGUGAAGCCUCGGGACUUGCGGGGACAGGAGGCCACUGACACCGAGUACUCGGAGAUCAAGAUCCACAGAUGAGAAACUGCAGAGACUCAGCCUGAUGGAGGGAUCACAGCCCCUCCAGGCAAGGGAGAAGUCAGAGGCUGAUUCUUGUAGAAUUAACAGCCCUCAACGUGAUGAGCUAUGAUGAGCUAUGAUAACACUAUGAAUUAUGUGCAGAGUGAAAAGCACACAGGCUUUGGAGUCAAAGUAUCUCAAACCUGAAUCCACACUGUGCCCUCCCUUUUAUUUUUUUAACUAAAAGACAGACAAAUUCCUA